AUGAGUCAACUCAUGUGCACUCAACUUGCUCCAAAUCAAGCAUGGGCUAUAAUAUUACCACAUCUGGGGUUCCAGUAUUGUUUUGUUUUGUACGGAAUACUCAGUUUGGCGAGUCUCCAGCGUGCUCUCUCUGACCCUGAAGAUAUCGAAGGUGAUUUAGCAGCUGCCACAAACUAUCACGCCAGUGCAGUACAAAAGUUUCUAGCUGAACAGACUACGACCUGUCAACAUAGCGAUAAGGCUAUCGAUGCAAUGUUUUCCUUUUCCAUCAUCGACACCAUAUAUGUCUUGGCUACCUACGGCACGCUCUCUCGUCAAUCGGAGCCGACUUCUCGUCCUUCUCGUGUUCUUGAACUCGACUGGAUCCGCGAUAUUCGAAGCGUGAGAGCCCUACUCAAGCCUUUCAAUGACAAAUUACGAGAUGGCUGCCUUGGUGAGUUUGCAAACCUCAAGAUGUUUGAGGAUUGGGAUACGGGCCAUGUUAGUGGAGAUGAUGGCCUACUGAAUCUACGGGCAUCAUACCAGGGAUGCAAUUCUGCUGAUAUCGAGCUGUAUAACUCAACUGUUAAGCUUCUCAGUAGCUGUCGUCCUUACAAGAGCUCUCUGGGAGAUGUUGGUACAGACGAAGCAAGGCUCAGCAGACCAAAUCCGCAUUGGAUCACACCAUUGAUCUUCCUACAAGAGGUAUCAGAAGAGUUUAUUGACAGGUUGUAUCAGCGGCAGCCGCCAGCUCUCUUGAUCUUGUCCUUCUUUGGCGCAAUGCUAUCCGCGUAUGAUACUGUUUGGUUCAUGGAAGGAUGGGCAUUAGAGAUAGUAUCGGCCGUCGACUAUGCUCUGGGUGAUUAUUGGGCGCCUUAUACUACAUGGUGCCGCGAACAAGUUGCUAUGAACUUUGUCAGGUGGGAUAGUGGCAGUGAAAUAACGACGCCCAUCUAG